AUGCAUAAAAUUAUAUCCAUUGAAAUAGUACAAUAUCUCUGGAUCGUCUAUCGAAAAUCAGGUAUAGAAGAACUUCAAUCCAAAUUACCAAUACAUCUAUCAGAUACUCAACUUUGGCCAAAAGAAGUUCAUUUAUUCAUGAAACAAUUUCAAAUUGAUCAUAACCAUGAAGAGAAUACUUGUUUAACUUUCAUCCAUCAAUGUUUACAAGAAUUCAAUACUACAAGUGAAUAUUAUCGACGUGAAUUAAAUGUCAAAACAAGUCGUCUCUCUGGUUAUAGUCGUAGUAUUGACUAUAUCAUUGAAAAGUUUGUACAACAAGGACUUCAAUCUUUACGUAUAGAAAUCAAUGAACAAAUUGCCAUAGUUCAAUAUCAUUAUACCAAUAAAAUAUUUCAACAAGUUUAUCGUACUCAGAAUCCGAAUGAGAAUCAAAUACAUUUAAUGAAACAUUUAUGUAAACUCAAAUAUAAUCAUGAAACAACGACACAUGAAGUCAAUUUUUUGAAAGAAAAAAUAUCUUCACAUCUAGUUUUACAUUCAUUUGAACGUACAUCUAUAGGAAAAUCACCAUUAAUCGAUCGUAUUUGCGAGGGAAAUUCUUCUAUGAUGCAUAGUCAAUCCAAGAAUAAUCUAUCCAAUAGACGAUCUGUCAAUAUUCCACGACCCUUAUGGGAACCUCAACCGUUGACAUCGAGAAUAACAAUGACUAGACUACGAUUGCCACAGAUUUCAUUAGUGAAGAAGAAGAAGAAAAGGCGAACGAAACGAUGUCAUGGUAAUCGAAAAUUACGACGUUUCAAAAAGAAAUGGCGUCGACGCGGAAUGAAUGAAGAAGAAAUAAAGAAAUUGAUCGAUGAUUAUAAUCGAAAGAAAAAUGAAAUUCAAAUCAAAGAAAUAUCGGAUAAUAACAAUGAUCAACCAGAAAAAACAGUUAAGACAACAACAGAGAAUUUACAAGCAAGAAAGAAAAAAUCGAAUAAACGUAAACGAAUGGUGAAUUCCAUUAGUUCACGAUCGAUCACAGAACAAUUACCGAAGAAGAUCAAGAAGAAAAAUAUGAACAUCAAUUUGACUACAAUAAAGUCAAAUUAUCGGUUACCUAAAUAUUUUUGUUUACUCAAAAAGUGA